AGUAACAAGUACGACCUCAUGUUAGAAAUUGCUCUAGAUCUGGUGGACAAGGUCCUCUAUCCGAGGCACUGCGUUCAAAACUCAUUUGGAGCCGAAAUCCAAGCUGAUCUGACAAUCCCACCUGGAGCGACCAUUAUUCGAAAGGGGACUCGGGUCCUCGUUGACUCCUACUCGGUCUUCAACGAUAACACUGGCAUUCAA